GCAUACAAGUCAACACCAAGUCAAUGUCUUGCCCUCACAUUCCAAUAUCCCAAUAAUUGGAUUCUCCGAGUGUCUGAUGGUUGGCUUCCCCCAUUCUCAGUUGCUGAUAAGUUUUGCUCCCACCAAGAAAAGUGGCGAUUCCAAUUGACUCCCAUGGAGAAGCUUCACCACUACAGCUUUCUUUUUCCCCUGCUCCUCAUCCACUUCUCUUCUCAUCUGCUCCUCUCAUCAGCUUACACCCUGCCUGAUGAGUACUUCAUCAGCUGUGGUUCAAGCUCUAACACCAUCGUCAAUGGCCGGAACUUUGUUGGAGAUGUGAACCCCGGCUCCGCCUCCUCCUUCUCCGUCGGAAUAAGCCGUACGGUAAAGGAUGACAGCCCAUCAACAGCUGCAUCUCCCCUCUACCGAACUGCUAGGAUUUUCAGACAUCAAUCUUCCUAUGAGUUCCGGACCACCGAGAACGGCACAUACGUGGUGCGCUUUCAUUUCUACCCUUUUUCAGAUCUUUCCGAUGCUCUCUUCAGUGUUUCGGCUUCUGGGCUUUUACUGCUGUCGGAUUUCAGCGUGGGAAACAGUAGUAACUCUCCUGUGAUAAAGGAAUUCGCAGUUCCAGUGGAGGUGGGAAAAUUCAAAAUCGACUUCACACCUCAAGGAUCAUCUUUUGGUUUUGUAAAUGCCAUAGAAGCCUUCCAUGCCCCUGAAAAUUUCAUUUCAGAUGGAAUUUAUUAUGUUACUCCUGCAGGACAUGGCGAUCCUUACAAAGGUUUGGAAUCUCAUGCUUUACAUACAAUCCAUAGGAUCAACGUUGGAGGUGUCACUAUCACUCCUGAGAAUGAUACACUCUGGAGAAGUUGGAUACCAGAUGAUGCUUAUCUAUAUUUCCCAGAUUCUGCGAAAAACAGUACGUUCUACAGUGAUAGGCCUAAGUACCAAGAACAGGGAGCUACUCCUUAUUCUGCCCCAGAUUAUGUCUACAAGACUGCCAAAGAAACGAAUAUAGAUCAGAGCAGGGAAUCAAAUAAUUUCAAUGUGACAUGGAAUUUCAAUGUGAACAAGAAUUCUACCUACUUUGUCAGGGCCCAUUUUUGUGAUAUAAUUAGUCCGUCCCUUGGUCUUCUUACGUUCAAUUUCUAUAUCUAUAGCCAGUUCAGUGAUAAGAUCAAUCCAUACGACAUAAUAGGCCAGUUGGCAGCUCCCUUUUACCUCGAUUAUGUUGUUGAUUCCGACGAUUCUGGAUAUAUGAAUAUCAGUAUUGGUCCUAGCCAGGGGUCAUCGAACGGAACUGCCUUUCUGAAUGGGCUGGAGAUUAUGGAGUUGACCAAAGGAUCCAGUUUAGUCCCUGUAGCAAACAAGCCGAAGAAGACACUCACGUUGGUUGUAGUCGGUUCAGUUGUUGGAGGAGUGGCUUCUGUCUUGGUUCUGUUGGGUGUGAUCUUAUGGGGUUGGAAAUGCAGGAAAGCAAAGCAUGUUGAAAUCGUGGAUUGGACUGCUCCUUAUUAUGGAAGGGGAUCUUUCAGCAGGACAACUGAUAAAACCGUUGAUGUCUCCUCUGUUUCUGGUCUGAACCUGGGGCUAAAAAUACCCUUUUCUGAAAUUCUCCAUGCGACCAAUAACUUCGACGCAAAAUUGAUGAUUGGUGAGGGUGGGUUCGGGAAAGUUUACCAAGGAACUCUUCGGAAUGGUAUGAAGGUGGCUAUCAAACGAAGUGAGCCAGGACAUGGGCAGGGCUUCUCAGAAUUCCAAACUGAAAUCAAAAUCUUAUCCAGAAUUCGCCACCGCCAUCUGGUUUCCCUGAUUGGUUAUUGUGACGAAAGGUUUGAGAUGAUACUGGUUUAUGAAUUCAUGGAAAAGGGGACCCUAAGAGAUCAUCUAUACGGUUCAAACGGGGACACCCAGAAAUCGACUUCCCUCUCUGAGCUUUCCUGGAACCAAAGGCUUGAAAUUUGCAUAGGUUCAGCACGGGGCCUUGAUUACCUUCAUACUGGUUCAGACGGGGGAAUCAUUCACCGCGAUGUCAAGUCGACAAACAUCUUGCUUGAUGAGUAUUAUGUUGCCAAAGUUGCUGAUUUCGGUCUCUCGAAGUCAGGUCUUCCUGAUCAGUCUCAUUGCACCACUGCUGUAAAAGGUAGCUUCGGUUACCUUGAUCCAGAAUACUUCAGAUGCUUGCAGUUAACAGAAAAAUCCGAUAUAUAUUCCUUUGGAGUCGUUCUCCUGGAAGUGCUUUGUGCUAGACCGGCCCUCGACAACUCGCUUCCCAGGGAGGAAAUGAACUUAGCUGAAUGGGGGAUGUCAUGGAAAAACAAAGGACAGCUGGAAAAAAUUGUUGAUCCUUUUCUUGCGGGUAAAAUCAAUCCAAGCUCAUUGCGGAAAUUUGGUGAAGUAGUUGAGAAGUGUUUGAGAGAGACUGGUGCUGAUAGGCCUUCUAUGCGCGAUGUUUUGUGGGACUUAGAAUAUUCACUUCAGCUCCAACAAGUCAUAAUGCAGAGAGAAAAGUACUAUGACAGCGUAACAGAUGCUUCACUGGAGUUGCCACUGCCAGCUGUUCAGCGUCUGCCUUCUAAUAGCUUGCCAUUUGUGGAAGAUGAUCGGUCAGAACCAAAUGCAAGUGAAGUAUUCUCCCAAUUGAGGAUGGAUGGUGGCAGAUAAUUUGAACUGGUUUGAGAACCACUUGUGUGGCUUUACUUUCUAUAGGUUCUGUGUACUGUUUGGUUUGGUUUCCUUGUUGAUAUGCUAUGUUCACUUUUAAUCUGUUUGCAAAUCCAUUCAGAAACCCUAAUAAUAGCCUUCGUAAAAGCUAGCAUUAACUUGCUAUGCUCUUAAUUACAAGUUUCUUCCUUCUGUUAA